GGCAUCGUCGCGUGGGGCGGCCGCGCGGCUCACUCCAUGCCCGACCACGACAAGUAUCAGCUGCGGCCUCGCGCCGCGCGCUGCCGCGAACCACGCGCUCGCCGCUCGCCGCAGCCGCUCAGCAAGUACCGGAGGAAGACCGCCAACGCGCGGGAGCGGAGCCGCAUGCGAGAGAUCAACCGCGCUUUUGAGACACUCAGGCGCGCCGUGCCCGCCUCGGCCAUCACCGGCACACCCAUGCCCUGCGAGAAACUGACCAAGAUCACCACGCUGAGACUGGCGAUGCGGUACAUCACCGCGCUGUCCGCGGCGCUCCGAGAGACGAGCCCGGAGCGAGAGUCGCGGCCGGAACGCUGGCCCUCGCCGCUGUGCUCCGACCUCUCCGAGUUCUCUACCGAGCUGGACCAGGAGACGCCGUCGGAGUUCGCAGAGGACUCGCUGUCGCCGUUCGACUCGUUCUUCGCGGAAUUCGACUGCGAAUACAUUGACAGGACAUUUGCAUAGUGUGUGAUGUGCGUGACACGGACUGCUCUCUAAUUAGGUACACAAACCUUCCUCAUUGCCAUACUUUAAUUAAUGAUGUUUUAAUUUGUAUAUUUUUGAGAUGUUUUAUUUAUUAUUUUUAAUAAAUUUUUAAUUGUUGACGUU